AUGCUGCUCCUUAAAUUUGUCUUCCUACUGUUCUUUCUGGUGCGGCACUGCUCGGCUGGUCCGAUCACUCGCUUUUUUUCUCCUGCCCCGGACUCUGCGUCUUCUGCGUCGCAGCUCUCGCAGCGGGAUACUGCUCAAGACAACCAUGAUAUUGGGAUCGUGGUCACCCCAAUUACUCCCACUUGGCCAGAGACGAGCACUACUACUACUGCUACUACUACCACAGUUUCCAAGGUCACGCCUAGCAAGCCGGGAAACGCGGUGUAUUUGACGUAUCCCUGGGACCUCCACUCAUAUCCGGAGACCACUACCACUAUCACUACAACUACCGAGACGAUGAAAACUACGCACGCUACGUCCACAUCUUCUUCUCAUUCAGCUUCAACCAAAUCUACUACUGCAAGGUCGAUUUCAACCAGCACGGUUUCUCAGGUCACGCCUACGAAGCCGGGACACGCGGUUUACCUGACCUAUCCCUGGGAUCUCCACUCGUACAAGGAAACCGAUCCUACGACCACGACCGCUACCACUACCACGAGCACAAAACCGUCUUCUUCCAAGAUUACAACAACCAGCCACGUACAUAUCAUCACUAGCCCCGUCAUCGUCUGGGUCACAGCCAAUACCUCGGACGCUAGUAUGAAUUUUUGGGAUACAAAGCCCAGCGCGGUGCCAGACGUGGAUAACAACCCUAUCGUUGAUUCUCCGAGCACUACCACCGAAACUACACCCAAGACCACCACCACCACUACCACCACCACCACCUCCACCACCUCCACCUCCACCUUCACAACUAAAUCUCACCACUCGGACAAUGAGGAUGUAGUGACUCUCACAUCUACAUCCACCAUUGUGGUUUAUGAGUCUCCGACCUCGACGCACACGGUGUCAUCUGUUUCGACGAAGAACGUAGAUACGGAUCCUGAAAACUCGGGUGGAACUGGAUCUGGAUCUAAGGCUGCCUCUGGACCUCUCUCGGAGUCCACCUCGAGCUCUGGUAGCUCUGGAUCGGGUUCAGGGGAUGAUACAACUUCCAACUCUAACUCUAAUUCCGCCUCCGGGUCCAAAGCUACUGAUUCCGAUUCGAACUCUGGCUCCGGCUCUGGGGAAAAUGACUCGGGUAUCCUGUCUGUCGUCCCUAUCACACCGUCGAACUAUGCUGUGGCCGGUACAGUGACUAGUACGAAGACUGUUGUGGUAUCUUAUCCAGUCGAAACCACGGUGGUUCACACAGUGAUUUCCCGGUUUCCUUAUAUUACGACUAAGACGGAAUCGACCACGGUAACUCAUACUGAAACAGAAACGGCCACGGUAACUCGCACCAAAGAAUGGGUAAUGCAUGAGCCGGGUACUUGCUCAAAUAUCACCUAG